UGUGGGGCCCAAGGGGGUGCUGAGGAGACCCAGCUCUGCUAUCAAGGGAAGGAAGAGCCUGGCUGCCGUACCUGGAAGGAAGGAGGACAGGUGUCCCCAGGGACCCAGCUGGCUCUACUGCAGGGUGCUCCUGAGAGGGGGCUGCUGGCAGUGGGAGAUGGAGGCUUCAGCCCCCAAAUCUGAGAGACAGUGGAGUGGGCGAGCCAAGCUGGGUUCCUCGAGACCCUGUCCACCCACCUGGGCCUCGAGGAGACAGGCUGAGCUGCACAGAGCAGGACAGCUGGGAUGCUGCCUGCAGAUUGGGGCCCUGAGAUCCCCCCAGCUGCCGGCUGGGAGGCUGGGACAGGAAAAACUCCAGUGUUUGGUCCCUGAGGAAGGAUAAAGACGGGGAGCAGAGUGAGAAAGGGAUGCUGGCCAAGGAAGCAUGGGUUUUCUAGGACCACCAGCCAUACCCGGGGAGGCGACUGAGCAUGGGGCUCUGGGCAAUUGUAUUUUCUCUGGAAUAAAGAAGUCGGGGAGGAGGGUGCGGGCUGGUUCUACUCUUCAUUUUAUGGAGAUGAAUACUUCACCUAGAGUCUACUCUUCCAAGAUCCCAGUGCUGGGAGGAAUGAGAGGCUCAGGAAGGUCAGCCUCUGCCUCCUCUUUACCAGCUCUGUGUUCAUUUUAGCCGACAUCUGCCAGGUGCACGGUCAACUAAGAAACAAGGCAGAGUGGAAAAGGGUGAAAUAGAGGUGUAACUCAGAAGUGAAGGAGCACAAAGGGUGGGUGAGGCAUGCCGACCGUGGGCCCUCGAGGACUUCUCUGUGGACAGGAGGGCAUUUGAGCCAGGCCUUCAAGGAUGGCCCUUGAAGGAUGGAGGUCAGGAGUGGGGAGAGUAUUCCAGGCUAAGGAAACAACAGGCGCCUGUCGUUGGGGUGAGCGGAAGCAUGAUUGUCGGGAGAAAGUCUGGCAGGAGGGGCUGAGGCUGGGAAGGGAGACAGGGCACAAACCAGACAGUGAGGACCACGUGAAAGAUACUUACUCUGUGGGCAGUGGGGAGCCACUGCAUGUUGUUGAGUGAGGCACAGUGGUACCACCUGACAUGUUUGGGGAAGGCAGCUCUGACAGCCCUGAGAGGGACUUGGAGGGGGAAAGACUGGCCCUAACAGGAAUGGGAGGGAGGAGAUAAAUCAGUGUAGAUGUAGACUCCAUUCAAAAAAGGAAGAGUGACUGAAUGGAGGUGAGGAAGAGGGAAGGGUCAGGACUCUGGUGGAAGAAGAGAUGAGGGCUAGGGAAGGGAGGGGAGGUUUGGCUGGGAAGGACCUGGACUGAGCCUGCUGAGUCCCCGCCGGCGCAUCCCUGGAUCUCCAGGUAUGCCAUUUCUCACUCCCCCAAGGGCAUGUGCACCAGGGCCAGGCAGGGGAGUCAUGUUGCUGGGCCAUUUCUGGAAUGCUGCCACUGGACACAGAGACCUUCAGUAAGGGGACACGGAGCAGUCUUCAUCCAUUCAUUCAUCCAACAAAUAUAGCGGCAGGGCUGUCAGGGCCACAGGUGCCCACAGAGCCAGCCUCACCACUGGUGCCUCCUACAUGCCAGGCACCGUGCUAUGCAUUGGACAGGCAUUCUCUCAUUUCCUCUGUGCAACCAUCUAUGAAGUAAGGUGGAAGUUUUGUUGGGUUGUGUUUCACCGACAAACACCCAAUUCAAUAAACAUUUCUUGAGCACCUACUGUAUGCCAACCUACAGAGACAAAUCUGAAGCGAGGGGCUAUGGAGUCUGGGUAAGGCGUGGGCAGGCGUUAGAGUCCCCAGUUGUUCCCACCAGGCCCCAGCCCAGCGGCAUUCUUAGAGGAGAACCGCUGUUCAGCCUGCACCCACUUCAUGGGGUGGGUAGGGAAGGAGGGUCUCGGAGACCAGCCCAGGGGCUGAGGCUCUCUUGCAGGGGCCUUACUGGGCUAGGUCAUCACUGAGGACUUGGAGGUGUGCAGAGCUGCUGAGCCCGCCUGCCACCAUCCGUGAACUCAUUCAUUCAUUUAUUCUCCAAACAUUUGCAGAGCACCUACUGUGUGCUAACUCUUGUCAUCGGUGCUGGGGAUGCCAAGAUGAUUAAGACCAAGCCCACUCUAGAUGCUCCAGGAGCCCAGCCAGGGCUCCACAUGCAGUAGUAGCUGAAGCCCUAGGUGAUCUUGUCCCUGGGUGAGGAUGCAGCGUUUCAGGCGAGGCCGGCACUGGGGAGACCUCAAACCAUGUAAGCCUGACAUGGAAGGGAGAUGCCAGUGGGCAACAGAACAUUCGAAAUAAAGACCUGGAAAAUCAGCCCUCAACUGACACUUGAAGAGUAUAACACCGGAGCUCGGUGUCGAACGACAAAGGCAGCUGAGAGCUCUGUAAGGGAGAUCAUUUCUCCCCAGCUGCCACCUGGACUCGGCACUCUCCAGCCUGGACGAAUGUUUCCGAAACUCCGAGGAACCACCACCCAUCAGAAGCUGCCCAUGGAGAUGCUGGUGUUGGAGGAUGAGAAGCACCACAGGCCUCAGAGUCCAUCCUUACAAAAGGUUAAGGGUCAAGAGCGCGUGCGUAAAACAUCCCUAGACCUGCGGAGGGAGAUCAUCGACGUGGGUGGGAUUCAGAACCUCAUCCAGCUGCGGAAAAAGCGCAAGCAGAAGAAGCGGGAAGCCCUGGCAGCCCCCCAGGAGCCGCCUCCAGAGCCGGAGGAGAUCACCGGCCCCGUGGACGCGGAGACAUUCCUGAAAGCGGCGGUGGAGGGGCAAAUGAAGGUCAUUGAGAAGUUCCUGGCAGACGGGGGUUCCCCCGACACCUGCGAUCAGUUCCACCGGACAGCACUGCACCGAGCUUCCCUGGAGGGCCACAUGGAGAUCCUGGAGAAGCUUCUAGAGAGUGGGGUCACUGUGGACUUCCAGGAUCGGCUGGACUGCACGGCCAUGCAUUGGGCCUGCCGUGGGGGCCACUUGGAGGUGGUGAAGCUUCUGCAAAGUCGGGGAGCAGACACCAACGUGAGGGAUAAGCUGCUGAGCACCCCCCUGCAUGUGGCAGUCCGGACGGGGCACGUGGAGAUCGUGGAACACUUUCUAUCCCUGGGCCUGGACAUCAAUGCCAAAGACAGAGAAGGGGACAGCGCCCUGCAUGACGCCGUGAGGCUCAAUCGCUACAAAAUCAUCAAACUGCUGCUCCUGCACGGGGCUGACAUGAUGAGCAAGAACCUGGAAGGAAAGACCCCCACGGACCUGGUGCAGCUGUGGCAGGCUGACACCCGGCACGCUCUGGAGCACCCGGAGCCGGGGUCAGAGCAGAACGGGCUGGAGGGGUCUGCUGAGGGUGGGCGGGAGACCCCGAAGCCUGUGCCAGCCCAGUAAACGACUGUCCCAGCCCAGCCAGGCACCUGGCCUGUCCCCUGCGUACAGCCGGAGGGUCAUAAGAAUGGCCCCCAGAGCUGAGGACCGCAUCAUACCUCUG